CCCCUCCAACCACCAGCCAGAGGUCUCUCACUCUAUCUUCCUUGCAAACAUAAAACUGAAACCACACCACCAAACCCAAACACGACAGAAGAACAGCCGAAAACAAACCUUUCAUUUCCUCUCUUUUCCAUUUCCACCAAUGGCCUCCUUAUCCCUCCUCUCCCCUCCCUCCACCUCCUCAUCCUCCCUCUACCAUAAUGCCUCUUCCCUCCUUCCCCUGCGCACCCGCUCCCUUAGCCUACGCACUCCCACCAAGAACUUCUCUAUCAGAGCCCAAUCCGCCCCUAUACUCACCCAAGAUGAACUCAAGAAACUUGCAGCCGGCAAAGCCGUUGAUUACGUCAAAUCCGGUAUGGUUCUCGGACUCGGUACUGGCUCCACCGCCGCCUUUGUUGUUGCUAAGAUCGGAGAACUCCUACAAUCCGGCCAAUUAACUGAUAUUGUUGGUAUACCCACUUCAAAACGCACCGAAGAGCAAGCUCGCUCUCUCGGGAUCCCACUUUCAGUCCUUGACGAUCAUCCCCGUCUAGACCUCGCUAUAGACGGUGCUGAUGAGGUCGACCCUGAUCUCAACCUAGUCAAAGGCCGGGGUGGGGCUCUCUUGAGAGAGAAAAUGGUGGAAGCGGCGUCUGAAAAGUUCGUGGUUGUCGCCGACGAGACGAAACUGGUAACGGGUCUUGGCGGGAGCAAGCUCGCAAUGCCGGUGGAGGUCGUGCAAUUUUGUUGGAAGUACAAUUUGGUGAGGUUGAAAGAAUUGUUCAAUGAAGGAGGGGUCGAAGCCAAGCUAAGAUUGAAUGAAGCUGGCAAGCCAUAUGUGACUGAUAACUCCAAUUACAUCGUGGAUUUGUAUUUCGAGAAUCCAAUUCAAGAUGCAUAUGCAGCUGGAAAGGAGAUUUCGGCUUUUGAAGGAGUGGUGGAACAUGGGUUGUUUUUGGAUAUGGCGACUGCGGUGAUUAUUGCUGGGAAGAGUGGAGUGGAGGUCAAGGCCAAGUGAUAUUUUCAAAGGAGAUAUAAGAAGGCAUAAGGGUGCGUAAGUGUAGAAGUGGUUGUAUUCAUCAGUUACAAACGUUGGAGAAUAUGGAAAUGGAGAUUUCAGAUGUAUGGUCAUAUUUUGGUGGCAAAUAAGGAAAUUUCUAAAUGCCCAUGUGACAGAAUUGGGAGCUCUACUCAGAUGAGUUUCCAGAGUGCAUUGUGAGAUGUGGGACAUUGCGUUUUGUGAAUUCCAAGAAAAUGUCAACGUAACUGUAGCAUAGGCUCUAGAUCAGGAAAUAUGAAAGAAAAACAAAAGUUAUAGAAUCUUAUUAUUGCUUUUUUUUCCUGUUAUGUUAACAUGACUUUAACACCAGCUUUUAGGUUUAAGGAGAUUGAUUGAUCAUCAAAGCCGAAGGUUUUAGUAUGAAAAUGUGAUAACAAUAGAUUGUUUGAUCA